AAAACAUAUGCGCGUUAUUUUCAAGGUCACCAAGGGGGAAGUUCGCUUUAAUGGAUCGUCCAGUGACACUAAACGAUGACACAAUAUUUGUAAACAUUCUAUCACGAAUUCCGAGAAUAUUUAGUGGUCUUGGGAUAGCUGGUGUACUCUUCGGAAUUUUCUAUCACUUGUAUGGCUCAUAUUCUCCGCUGUUCAUCCAACAUUUUCUUCUGUUCGGAAAGUCAAACCCUCAGUAUUGUGAAUAUUUGGAGUAUUUAAGAGUUCCUAAAAGAUGGUUUAAAUACUUUUACAUUAUUGGUAUAUUCUCUACAUCAUGUAUCCUACUGGUUGAUUUAUUUAUGCUAUCUUCAAUACUUAACAAAACCAUAAUUUCUGUUUUAAUCAUAUAUUUGGUACAUCUUUCACGUCGACUGUAUGAGUGCGAAUACGUUUCCGUAUUCAGUAAUUCUCAAAUGAGUUUUAUGCACUUUUUGAUGGGUCUUGGAUUCUAUAUUUUCAGUCCUAUUUCAAUUUUACUUUCUCAAAGUAAUGCAGGUAAUUAAAACUCGUCAUUUUGUAAACUUUGUAUUUUUAAUUAUGUAUUAUUGAUUCUUAUCUCCAGUUAACCAUUUUAUUAUCCUUUAUUACUGUUUAGUAAAUUCCAGUACGCAAUAUUUCAUUUUCUUUCUGCUUGUACUGGUUUGUUGUACAGUAACGUAAAACUAUCGGAUUUCACGUUAUUUAGAACUAUCAUCGAACUGUCUGACGUGAUCGUGACAAGCAUGUUUGGUUUAUUAUUAAUCUAACAUAUACUGCCAGUGUUCAUCAAUGUUUACUCACUUGAUUAUCUGAACGUCAGUCUACUUUGUAACCAGUUUCUGUUUUUAAUAAUUGCUUUCUUAUUCAUAGUCUGUAUUUAGCACCGUGUAAUAAGAUACGGAUUCUAUAAGAAUCUAGUUGGUUUUGGCAGUUACCAGAUAGUAGUUAGUAGGCGUUAAAUAUAAAGACUAUAUAAUGGUUAGCCUAAUUAAAUUUUAACUAUUGGAUCAGUUUCGAACCACGUUUCAUCUAUUUCUAUAUGGACUGUCAAUAUAUAUCACUAAUCUUGAGAUAGAACGUGCUACUGAAAGCCGAGUACUUAUCACAAUCUGGUUAAUGGGCUACACCAACUUAUUUAAUAAAGUUAAUACGUUAUAUUGAUUCCAAAGAUAUACCGAUUAUCCUUUUUUUAUCUGUAAUUAUUGUCUAGUUAAAUGGUAGAUUCUUAUAAACAGUGAAAUCGAUCCUAUUCACCACUGUUUUCAUUGCUUAAUAUUGUUAUACGUGCUUCAUCAAAAGUUCAAUUCGCGAGAUUUUAUUAUUUGAGUCUUGUAACUAUGCUAUGAGAGUUGGAUACCGAUUAACUAAUUUAUACUAGAUGAUGCUCCAUCGUUCAGUCACCACAUAAAUCAACAUACAGCAGAUAUCAGGAUGAGUAUAUUUAAUAUAAUUUAUUGUAAAAGUAGUGGAGUUAAUCUGCAAUAUAAAUAAUCAAUGGAUUCUCUCUAAUGUCUUUCAGCAAGCUUUUAUUCCUAGGGAGCAUGAAUUUUCGCAAUAGUCGUAUCAACAUAAUGACCUCUUGAAACAAGAAUUUUUUAGAGUAUAAAACUUGUUUUCGACAAAGAAUCAACUAACUGUAAACAUGUUGCCCAGAACGGGUUCGUAAAACUUAACAUUGAAAAGCUCCGGUCGCACCAUCUCUUUUUUAGUAGGGUGAAGUUCAAACUUCAUAGAGGGUUGCUAAUCUUUUAGUGGGUCAAGAUGUCAGUAUCAUGGACACUUAAUGUCCAAUCUUGGCGAUUUGACACGCUGUAUAAAUUAAUGUGUGUUCAGAUUAUAAGAUUAGAAUAUAUUUAUCGUCCUGUCGCUAUGUGACAUUUUCAUAUAGGUUAUGGCACAAAUUGGACUUUGCGUUCUAUCAUGAUCUUUCAUCGUCUGAGUCUGUUUCCAUAUGGAUACCUAAACCAACUACUUGAGUGGAAGAACCAAAAUUAGUUAGAAAGCUUUCAUUCGGUAACUGGGUUGAAAAUACAUGUUCACCUCACUCCUAAAUAUAUGUCUUUUUCCCUUAGAAAAUAAGGCCAGAUUUUCAACUAGUUGUAUAUCUCCGUUUUCUCAGACUUAAGUUAAAUCUUAAUCGAUAGUGUGUGCUCAUCAGCAUCUUCCACUAUGUCUGUUAAAUUAGUUCAACGUAUCACGUUGAGUAUAUCUUCUUGCAGCGUCUCCAAAACUUGAGUAGGUGUUUUUACAUGUUUGUGGAGUUUAAAAUUAAUGGUUUAUAUAUUCGAAUUUUAACCGUCUCGUUUUUGGUUGUAAAUUCUGUUCCCCCCACAUAUUUCUUUAAAGUUUACCAGAUUUUACGUAGAGCGUCUAUACAAAGAAUGUCGCUCAGCUCUAGUACAAUCUUGAUCUGUAGAUUCACUAUAACAUUUUAUUUAUGUACCUUCAUUAAUUUGAUAAUUUAACAAUAACUUAUCUUUCAGCUGAACGAUCAUAUUUGAUUAUUGGCUUAUUUAGUGUACAUAUGUUAAUACUCCAAUAUUUACAGGAUUUGGUUUUCCGACAGUUAGCUGCCUUACGUUCAGGAAAAAAUAAAAACACAGACAAGUUAUCGGAGAAAAAGUAUUAUCCACCCGAAGGGAGUAUGUUUUAUUGGGUAUCGUGCCCUCACUACAUACUUGAAAUAUCAAUUUACCUAUCAUUUCAGUUAUUUAUUACACCUAAAUGGAUACCCUUUUCGCAUAUAUUAUUUUUCACAAUAUGCAAUCAAUUAUGCUGUAUAUGGCUAAAUCAUAAUUGGUAUAAAAAUAAUUUCCCUGAGUGGGCAUCUAAACGUGCUAUGCUGGUUCCUUAUGUGUGGUGAAUAUAAAAAUGUUUGUUCACUUCUCUCUCAAUCAUAAGCACCUUGAUGUAAAAUAUUUUUUAGUUAAUGUAAGACUAUUCAUUUUAUUCAACUGACUACGCAUCAUCUAAUAUUUUUUAUGUGAUUGUUUUCCAAAGAUGCUCUGUUUUGUGAUAUUUUUCUUUUCUGUUCGAAAAGUUAUUGUAAUGUAAGUACAUUCUUCCUUAAGAGCUGUUCUUAAUUAAGGAGAACUUAUCAAAAUAAAAGCUAGUAAUUAUU